AUGGCAGAAUAUAACCGCAUCAUCAGUUUUAAAGAACCGAUAUACGAUAAAGUUCUUCCUGGUCACGUGAUAAGAACUGAAAAGGCCAAAAACGAGGGGAGCUGCCGAGUGAAGUGUUAUUUGGAUCCAAACUGUGUAUCCAUCAACGUUGGACCUGAAGUCGAGGGAACAAGAACGUGCGAUUUAAAAAACUUCACUGAUGAAAGCUCUGCGCAAUCUGACUUGGAAGAAAGAAAAGAUCACCUUCACUUUGCUAUUGAGGUACAACGCAUCUUUAAGUAGUUAAACCUUAAAACCCUAAGAUCAAAAUUUGAAUUCUCAUUUGUUGCCCCUAUUCAUUUCCUGCAGAAGUAAUGGGGAGAAGUUUAUAAAAUAUCAAGCAAAUCCGUCUUGUGUUAUCAUGUCCGUAAUUCUCAUGACCACUCUGUUUUACAAAGCAUGGAUAUUACUAGGAGAAAUUUAAUUCUGACCACUCUUAGAGGUUAAAACGUUAGCUAAAGGAGCUGUGUCACGAAAUUUAUCAAAAUUCAAACAGUGGCAAUUGCUAUGCGUACUGUGUGAAACAUUAGGGACCUUAAGCACGGACGACGACGACGGUAGUGAAAGGCGUCGGUUAAAAAAAAAAAAAAAAAUGAAUUUGUGUUCUUUCAAACUUAAUCGCGUCUGUUUGGACCCGCUCAAUAUGUCAAAUCAAGCGACUUUUCCUGGAGUUAAACCCUAAAGGAUUUUAUUCCGAUUCAAAAAGAGGAACGAAAAUUCGUCGUCGAAUAUCCACGUCAUCCAUAAAACGGCAAAUAUUAGGAGGUUUCACGUCGUAGUCGUGUAGUGGACGUCAAAGAAAUGUACUAAAAAGAGUGAUGCACGUGAUGACCGUUCCAUUUAUGUAUAAUUUUUGAGGCUUAUCUAAUGAAUCCCCAAAGAUUUUCUGAAGUUUAAUUUUUGGCAUUUCGCCCCCCAGAUUAAGCUAUUUUUCGCAAAAAAAGAAGACCUAAAAUUUCGGAUUCGAAAAUGCGAUGGAAAGAGGAAUCAGAAAAAUUCUCUCUUCUUCUCUCAUCUAAAAUUUUUGGGAAGACAAUACUGAAGCCCUGGUAACUUCGAAAAGACUCAAGUUGUCCUAGGAUGACCGAACAGAUAUCAAUUUUAUAGCGCCGAUCAGAAUGUAUUUCAAGAGGUCUAAAAGUACUCUGGAUAGCCUAAAAAGUGUGUUCAAUGCAUUGAGGAGAAAACCGUCCCUGGGUGCCCCUGGAUUGCACUUGUAGUCAGUUAUGAGGAAAACUUGUCGGCUUAACAGUUAUUCAGAGUUCAUUUUUUGUUGUUUGCACCGAUUGAUUGAAAUGCUUGGGAGACUUAUUACUUGACACAAAGCUGUGAUUUUGUCAUUCACCAGUAAUUUCACAUAGUACGUAACGAAUAAGGACACUCACGCAUUGUAAACAAAAUGAAGCACUAGACAGCCAUGAUAAUGACACAUCCUCUUGAAGGAUGAGCCCAGCGGCUGUCUGAUCAUACCCCCAUGAAUGGGGAGAAAGCAACUCGAUAUAUUGCAAUAUAUAGAUAAACAAGAAGACGCCCGAAGGCGUUUACGCGGGAUAUGUUGGUGUAAGUAAGAAUUACCGGUAUGUUGAAUGGCAAUGAAAAGUUGAGCUGCAGUAGAUCAACAACAUAUGUGUGCAGGAGAGACAAAAAUGUUCUGAUAAAGAGUAAUACACUAGACGAUGAGUUAUACACAAGGGUUCCUUUGCUACUCAAAACAAAACUUACAUCAAUAUGACCACCAUAUAUGUUAACAGUAUGGGGUAUUUCACUAAAAUUUGCAUUCCCUUUACUAAUGUCCUCAAAAAAUGCACUUCCACAUUCAACAAUAGGAUGUAAUGUGUCGUACUUGCAAUAACUUCAGGGAUGCAAGGCUGUGCUCCAGGGGAAAUUUCAGGAAGCCCCUCGGUCUCCCAAACAUUUUAGCUGGGGUGUCCGGGCCUACAAGUUUGUCGCCCAAAUUUAUAAAUCACUGAGCUGUUAGUCAAUUAUUAAAAAUUAAAGAAAUUAUUUUGUAAACAAGUCAAGCAGAAUCUUGUGAAUAUUUUUUUUUCAUGAAAAAUCACAUCCUAUGACAGCCUGACUUACACGUGAUUGGAAGUUGCAGCCAAUAAAAAUCGCACAAUUUUUCGGGGCGGCACGGGAUACGGCCGGGAAAGUUAAAAAAACACGGCAAUUUUUGACUCCCGAAAAAAAUACGAAAAGAAUGCGCAACCGAAUUUAUAACGCUGGCUGACUACGUCAUCCCGCGUAAUAAGUAUUGAAUAGACUGAAAAUGCCAUCAAAUAAAAUCUGUUAACCAGUUAAAUGACGUAAGCGGGAGCUGUAGCUAUUUAAAAAUUAAAUAAUGAUACAAAUGUACUACAUCGGCCUUCUCGUUCGUUUUUUUUUUUCAUACCUAGAAUUUUUGUCACCGUAGCCGUUGCCCUGGAGAGAACUUUUUGUGUCAAGUAGGGUUUACAACCAAAGGAUACAGAUGUGUCUGUCGCGAGGGUUUUAAAGGAGAUCAAUGUGAUGAAGGUAAUGGAACACUCGUCUGAAUUUUCAGUGUACUAAAUCCACCCCUCCUUCCCCCCUUCUUUUUUUUCUCAAAUUUUGAUGAGAACCAGUAAGCAAAUAUUCAAAGAGACUGCCAAAAACUGCACCUUGAAAUGAGCUAAGUUUGAAAGUCACACGUCUAAAGCGAGCUAAGUGGUGAGUUUUAGCAGACGUUUGUAGUAAUGGUAUGGGACACAAACUUGCCCCCCCCAACUUGCCCCCCACUUGCCCCCCAUUUAUUUCGCAUCGUUACUUUUUAACACUGAUGUCAAUCUCAAACUUUCUACCGGUGUUCAACUGUACGGCGGAGUUACUCUAUGCAGAGUCGUUUAACCAUAUUCAUACGGGGAGUGAGGGGGCGCCAAUCUUAGCGACUUUUCCGAAACAUUAUUUGCAAACAUUUUAAAUUCGUUGUGACGUGAAUAUCAUCAUUGAAGUUACCAUGGCAACCAAGAUCGGGGAGGGUGUAUCGGCAGAGGUGAAUAAAAGCCUUAAAGAUCUGCAUCGUGUCAAUCGAAAGUCGAAUUCCAUAAUCGUUUUAUUAUUAAUUUCACAUUUGCAAGUUCUUUCAAGACAGCCUUUUCUCUAGAAUGUUUCGUUCCUGGCUUCUCAACGGCUGUUAUUGAUUGUUCAUUGAUAGGUUAUAAUUUUUCAGUUUACAGAAACUGUGCUGAGCUUUAUGAAGCUGGUUUUCAAGUAAGUGGUGUUUACAGCAUCGACCCUGACAACACCGGUGCCUUCAAAGUGUACUGUGACCAAACAACAGACGGUGGGGGGUGGACAGUUUUUCAGAAGAGACUGGACGGCUCGGUUGAUUUCUUCCGCGGCUGGGAUGACUACAAACGAGGCUUUGGAAAUCUGAAUGGUGAGUUUUGGCUUGGCCUAGACAAGAUACACCACUUAACAAAAAAUCAUAGCAGGCUUCGAGUGGAUCUCGCAGACUUUGACGAGGAAACUGCCUACGCUAUGUACGACUCGUUUGGUGUCGCCAACGAGCAACAAAAAUAUAGGCUGCAACUUGGACAAUACACUGGUAAGGAUAAGGAUGCGACAAACGAGGGGUUAAUUUAACUCCUUAAAGUGGGGCUAUUUUUUGGGGAGUUAUUUUCACUCCAAAAAGGAGUUUAAAGAACUCUUUUUCAGGAGUAAAAAUGACCCCAGAUAUUAAGGAGUUAAAAUACCCCCAAAAAGGAGUUAACGUGUACCUAAAAUUUGUACUCCACUUUCAGAGUUAAAUUAGCUCCAAAAAGAGUAAAACAACUCAUGUAAGGAGUAAGAAUAACCCCAUUUUCGGAGUUAUUUUAACUCCAGACUGGGAGUAAAAAAAACUCUUUUUCAGGAAGUAAAAAUGACCUCAAAUUUGGAGUUAAAUUAGCAGUUAAAGUAAUCCCAAAAAUGGGGUUAUCCUGUACCUAAAAUGUUUCCUCCAUAUAUUUUUGGAGCUAUAAUAACUCCCUAUAAAUUACGGUGUGAAAAACUACCCAGUGGGCAAGCAACGUCAGUAGUAUUUUAAGAACCGAGUCGCCCUAUGUAGGGUCCAAGACAGUCUUGGAUUCCGGAUUCCAGGUACUGGAUUCCAGAUUCCAAUCUGUGGAUUCCGGAUUCCAGAUAUUGGAAUCCAGAUUACAAUCUGUGGAUUCCGGAUUCCAGGUAUUGGAUUCCAGAUUACAAUCUGUGGAAUCCGGAUUCCAGGUAGUGGAUUACAGAUUCCAAUCUGUGGAUCCCGGAUUCCAGGUACUGGAUCCCACAGCAUUUCUUAUCAGUAGAAACGCCGUGGAACUUAGAUUCCGGACUCCUUCUCGGAGGAAAUUGGAUUCUGGAUUACAAUCUUUAGAGGGAGUUCGGAUUCCUUGAGAUGAAUUCUGGAUCCAAAACCAUGAGUUCCGGAUUCCAAAAGCCAAAUUCUCUGCAUUCCGGAAUCCGGAUUACUUACAAGGGUCAAAACGGGGCGAAAUGGAGCAAAGUCACGUUUCUCUCUUUCUCACUUGGUAUCUGGUAAAAAAAAGUGAAACUGAGGGUAUUUUCCUAGCAUAUGACAGUAUUAACGGUUUAUAACUCGGUUGUAGGGACUGCGGGCGACUCGCUCAACAUACAUCGCAAUAUGAAAUUCUCCACAAAAGAUCAAAAGAACAACAAUCAUAAAAAUGACUGUGCCAAUAAAUUCGAGGGAGCUUGGUGGUACAGCAACAGUGAUUGUCACCAUUCCAACCUGAAUGGCCGCUACCUGAAAGGUCCGCACCCCACUCUGGGUAACGGUGUUAACUGGCGCGACUGGAAAGAUUUUCGUUACUCUCUCAAACGAGCUGAGAUGAAAACCAAACCGCUGUGA